GAGUAUCAGAUAAAUAACCUGUUAACCAUGGUUAACAUGACCCCUUCUUAACGAACAUGUAUCUGCGUGCUACUUGCGUUGGACCCAUUUGGAAAGUGCAAGACAAAGGAGGUUUGGGGUGACCAGGAAUGCUGUGCUAAUCACAAUGCCUAUAGCAGCCUAUAGCAUAUAGCAGGACUGAGCUGGUGUAAAGUUUAAAACAACAAGUACUUUGAUUGCAAUUUAUCACAGAUGUAAGUUAUACAACCAUAAUGAAGGUUAAAACAAGUGUAUUACGAGUACUGAUCUGAUAUUAGUAAAUACCCUUGAGACAUUUGAUUAAGCAGGACUGGUGAGCCUAGUUGGAAGGCACUGCUAAGUUAACAUAUGAGUCUUUGGAAGGGAUAUAUUUGCACGCCGAUUCUUUCGUAUUAAUACUGCUGAUCAAAUAUCGAAUGAUAAGCGUGGAAGCAAAUACUAAGAAUGGUUAAGCAAAGCAGAGAGAACAGUAAAGAACAGGUUUCUGUCUUUCAGCGGGAAGAUGUUCAGUAUUGGUUAUUUGGGAUUAUCUUUAUCCUUGGAUUCAAUGCAUCAAUAUAUGUAGCUGGUCAUCUGCGACAUUGGGAUGCAACAUCCGGCUUCACACACAAUACAAGUGCCACAUCAAAGGAUAGGUUUUUACCAGAACCAUUCAUAGAGGAGCCUGGGGUCAAAGGAAGGCAUGGUGCCAAUGCAGAUGGACGAUGGUAUUAUUGGAAACUCCCACCAGAUCAGGCCACUGUGGUGACAAGGCUGUCUGUCUGGUUGUGUUAUGCUGGCCAUCAAAUACUUAUUUGGUGGGUGAUUUACCAGGCUCAACUCUCCAAGAGUAUGGACCCAGGCAUGACUAAAUAUAGCAGUAAUGUGAUGAACUUCAACAAGAAAGCAGUAACCAUCAAUGUACUGUUCCACAUCUUGCACCUACUACAGACCCACGUGACGUAUGAUGCAACUGCGCAAGAUGUAUCCGUCGCAAGUUCUCAAUCUUCUGUGAUUAUGAUGGCGAUAUUUGUCUUCGUAAUUGAAUACAAAGAAAGGGGGUUAUUCUUCGGCUGGCCCACUCUAAGGGAUACUGGCACCUUGAGCAAGACCCUGAGACUGGACUACAAGCCCAUAGACCUGAUAAGAAAGUACCACGCAUACCCCUUCGCAUGGGCUUCUACUUACACAUUCUGGUAUCAUCCGAUGGAAAACACCCUCGGUCAUGUAACUGGAAUAUUUUACACUUGGAUAAUUCUUUUACAAGGAAGUCUUAUGUACACCCAUAUGCAUACAAACAAGUAUUGGAGGCUAUUCUUGGAGGCUUGGGUUGCGGUCCAUGGCUACCAAGUAGCAAUUCAAACAGGGGGACCAGCUCUGCUCGGCACAACCAUGUGGCCAAUGUUUGCCUUUGGUUUCCUCAUAAUGAUUACUGUCACACAAAUUUUCACAAUAGGAGCUCUGAGGCGUCUCCCAUUGUUGUUGAGACUUGUACCAUUCCUAAGUGUUCUUACGCUCAUCAUCUACUCAUACAGCUGGAUUCCAAAUGAAAAGGGACAGGUGUGGGUGCGCAUGCCGGAAGUAACGCGCAUUGCUGCCACCUAUUAUAUGUUCGUGCCUCUAACAUGGCUGAUUCUACGAACUCUGAUGAAACUGCAGCCAUAUGGGAGUCAUUCACAAAGAAAACUGGCAGACAACCCAAAAUCAACUUUAAAACAUUAUGUAAAUCUUUGUUUUGCAUUCUUGAUAUAUUUAAUGAUGAUUUGGUUGUCUGUACAUGUGCAAAAGGAAGACUGGACGUUCCAUGUGAUUGCCAUUAUGGUUGUCUUAGUUUUUGUGUUUAGUACUGCUGUUUGCAUUACUACCGUAAUGUUUGUACAACCUGCCAUGGAAACAUGGUUACCAAGGCAACCAGUAGACCAUAGAGACAAUUCAAGCACGCCAAAAAGGGAUUGAAAUUUUUGACAGAGCUAAAAUUCAAAUAGUAAAGUGAUAAUUAUAAUUU